GGCUGCUCUCCGCUGUUCCGCAGAAUCCGAAGCCGCGCCGGUAUAUCCUCGCCGUGUUUCGCGAAAGGAUCAAGAUGGGGAUUUAUUGCCUGCAACAAUCGUACCGCUCGUGACGUUAGAGCGCUUUCCGCACGUCGACGCGCUGCCACGGACGAAUACCGAGAAACGUACGACACCACGGGAGGAAACUCUUUGCACGAUCGGCACGCACGCGUCGGCGUGAUUGACGCGCACUCGAGACAGAUGCACGCCGUGUUGUCACAUAAAUAUACGAAAAAUCCCUUUGUGUCUCGCGAUUAAUUGGUCGUAAAAUCGACCGCGCCGAUCCCCACCGGUUCCCGCCGGUACUGCGUCGCGAAUAUUUUGCACUUUGCAACAAUUCGUACGGAAAGCCCCGCGAUGCAUAACGAAAGAAUUCAGCUGGAACACGUGGCUCUUCUCUUCCUGUCUCCAUCAGCUUUCAAACAAUACAUCACACAACGUGUCGAACGGAAGAUUUCCAGACUCUCGUCGCCGCAAGAUUCAUCGGUUUCGCCAGUGGUCAAUUGCAAAAAUUGACCGCACGUCUGUGGUUCUCAAUCGCCGACGAAUGUCGGUGUUCGAGCCGGUCUACCAUCGUCGCGCGAUAAAAGUUCGCACUGCCGUACGUGGCUGCGUCAUCCAGAGAAAUGGAAGAAAAACACGGCGGCGCGUUGCGAUAGCCGCGCUGCCAAGAGAGGCCCGCGGUCCCCGCGGAUUGUUUCCGACUUGUCAAACAUCGGCAAGACACGUCCGCGAUCGUCACAGUCUGGACACGUUCGGUCAGUGCGAGGAGGUGAGGCAUCGGGUGCGCCAGCACAAUGCUCGUGCCAUCGUCCGCCGCGUUUUUCCUGCUGCUGCGCCUGCUGGUCACGAUCGCGGCCCAUCCGAUUCAUCCGACAACAUCAUCAGAGAUCGCGCGGCGACCCGACGCGUCGCCGAACAAGUGCUGCGUCGCCGGUUACGUGUUCAACGAGGACCUCGAGUGCGUCCACCAUGCGAAGCUGGACCGAUUGAACUACACCACGCACGAUCAUGCCUGGCGAACGAUCUCGUCAUCCCGGCAGCAUCCGCAGCGGAUCGUCACGGUGAUCGCGUCCACGCAGGGCUUGAAUUGCCGCGAUAACGAGGAGGACAAUGACAGUUCGAGACGCCGUCCACGCGAUCUGCCGCACAUCUAUUCCAUCUUUCGCGCGUUGAGGGACUAUUGCAUAGAGAAUAUGAUCAACGGCACGACGGUGCUGAUCAAGUGCGAGGAGGUCGGCUCGGGAGUGACUCCGGACGGAGAGAAUUCAACGACGGUGGUGAUGAAAACCACGAAAACGACGUCAACAACAACGACGACGGUCAUUACCGUGACGACUGUCACCACUAUUACCACCGUCAGCGUGGCGACGAACGUAUCGUCGAGGGAGGGCGAAGAGGAGAUCGUUCACCACUGCAACGAUCUGCGGUCGUUGUUCUUCUGGGGCGCGCAGACCUACAUGGACACCAACGUCGCCCACGUCGUCCUCUCGACGAUCGUCGUCGUGGUGUACCUGUCCGUGCCGGAGCUCGGCAGGAGUAUCUACAAUCGCGCGGUGCUCCGUCACAACGUCUGCCUGCUGCUGCAGGGAUGCCUGCUGACGUUUCUCGCCUACUGCAACCUGUGCGGCGUCCCGAUGAGCGACGACUUCGAGACGCUCCUGUGGAUACUGAUGCAAUACUUCACGAACGCCACGGUGUUCUGGCUGAACGUGAUCUGCUUCGACAUGGCCCUGUCCAUCACGCGGUUCCGCUGGAUGAUGGGCUCGGGUCAGCAGACGAGUCGCGAGGAGAACCGGCGACUCCUGCUGUACGGCGUUUUCGCGUGGGGCGGCGCCCUCCUACCCGCCGUCGUCGCCGUCAUCUUGGAAUUCUGCCCCGGCAUCUCGGAGGAUCUCCCGCUCAAGCCGAAUUACCGCCGUUACCACGGCGGGCCGAACUACGUGGUGAACAUAUAUUUCUUCGGCAUACCGCUGCUGACGCUCUUCUGGAACAAUGUGCUAUUCGCGUUCACCACGUACAAGAUCAUACGGAUACAGCGUAGCACCGAGAUAGCUACGAGGAAUCACACCAACGUUCUCAGGAAGAAAUACUUCCUCUUCUUGCAGCUGUACCUGCUGAUGGGCGCCCCGUGGUUCUUCGGUCUGCUCCUCGCCUGCAUGAACAAUCUCGUGGUGAUGAAGAUAUGCCGGCUGAUAUGGCCGAUUCUGUGGCUCCUGAUGCUGGCUACCCACAAGAAACUACGGCGGAAGCUCGUGAACAAGUUGCGGCGCGUCAAGAAGAAGAGGCCGGAUAUUAUCACGACCAUCUCCAGUAGACAGUUACAGUGCGCGAUCUAGAAUCGGCCUUCUCAGACCGCCGAAAAAAAAAAAAAAGAAAAAAAAUGCAUGCAUGACGAAUCGAGUUCUUAUCAAUUGCAACCGCAACCGCGUGAAAAAUCGCGGGAUACUCCUUCUAUUGUCAUACAACGUUACGCAAUCUCGCUGCGGCGUACAUACAGUUCCUCCUGCUCGUCAUCGCGUUUCUUUCGCGCGAAUUGCGCGUUCACGGGCAUUUACAUUAUUUUCUUGCGCAACCCGUAGAAAACCCCCGUUUCUCGAGGAAAAGUAGGAAAAAAAAAAAAGAAAUCAACAACGUCGCCGUCGCCGUCGCCGCGCCGUCGCAAUAUCCGAUGCCGCGAACUGAGCGAUGAGUCGUAGAAAAACUCGGGUACGCGGCGUCGUCGUCGCCCGGCGGGGAUAAUAAAGGAGCCCAUGGCGCGACGUCGUUUCCUGCCGGGGUAUUUUAAUUACCGUAUUCGCGACGCGCCAUCACUCGCGCCCCCGCGCGCGCGCGCGCGCUCUCGCUCGCUCGUAUUAUUUCCUUCUUUUUUUUCUUUAUGUUUUACAACGUGUAGAAUAUUAACCUGUUAGUGUACAACGCGAGCGAUACAUCAGCGGCUUUUUACGGCAACGGCGGGGACGAUCCACCGCACCUCGGAAAGGCGCAAUAAGAACGUGAUUCUCUCACCUCUCGAGGGAAAAACCUCGCCUCCUCCCGUGCUAACAGGUUGAAAUAUGUAUAACUGUAAAAUGCACGAGAGAUAUUCUUUAUUUUCUACCGCGUAUGUCAAUUUCGCAUCCAAGAUGCAAAGUCUCCGCCAUUAAGGCAGUUAUAGGUAAUGUUCUCGUAUAAAUAUCGUGGAAGCAUUACAUAAUAGAAAUUCUGAAUAUCUAGUCAAAUGUGGGAGAAUAAACAAGUCGUUUAAACAACAAAUGAGGAACUUGCUGGAAGAAAUUAUCUCGAAUCACGAUCCUCCCGCUGGCGCAGUAACGAUCGCGCGGAAUCGAUAAGCAAAAAACGGCCUACGGGCCUACUUAUUAAAGCGAUAUUGAUUUAACGUUCCCGGGUACGCCGGUAUACGACAAAAACGAGAAAAAGAGAGGAUCAUCAUGGUUCUCCUGAGCCAAGUACAAUACCAGGAUCAGAUAUUUCUGAGAAUGUAAUAAAGGACAGAUAUCGCGUGUGUCGCGUGUACACAAUAUAAUAGGAGAGAUAAAGAGAUUAAUAUGACAAUUAACUUGUCACUCGCGCGACUUGGUAGUCAGUAAUUAAUUGUAGCUGCGAUAAAUGUAACACUUAUUAUAUACCAACUCGCGAUUUACUUUACUAUAAACAGGGCGAACCGAAUUUUGGGAGAAAACCGUUCGAUCAGCGCCACUCUGUAUUAUUUUAGGAUGCGAGGGCACGAUCAGCAAAUAAAUUCACAUUGCAAAAUUGUAUAGAGAGAUAUUCGACGCGAACUCAGGGAAUCUAUCAUCAGAACGAAAAUAUCCAUGGCUAACAUUUACGUAACAAAAUGUAAACAAUUUACAAAUAAAAGCGUAGAUUUGAA